AUGCCGGUCACCGUCCUCCAAUCCGUUUAUCGUGAUUUACAGCACAAUCGGAAUUUGAAACAGUUCUUUGGUGAUAAUAGAAUCACACAUUUGUCGUUUGUAUCGAGUGCCAAAGUACCUAUCAUCAAGUUCAAGAUGAAUGGCAUUGCAAUUGAUCUUAGCGCAAUAUUCUGUACCAGCCCACCUAGUUCGUGUGUGGCUGCCAAAUUCAUCAAUGCAUACUGCCAGCUCGAUGAUCGGUUCGUGAUUCUUGUAACGUUUAUAAAGACAUGGCUCAGAUCAGAGGGAGAUCCGAAUGAUCAUCUCCGUGAAUUUCCCAACUCGUAUGCAUUGACCAUUCUACUGAUUCAUGCUCUGCAAUGGUAUGGUAUCGUACCCAAUUUGUAUGAAAGUCACAACGAAAUGUUCAACCCACAGAAAGUCAAAUCAUGGGACGAUGUAGAUGUUGGUCAUGAAUUUACGCAUCCUCUAGAUGAAAACACCGUUGCUAUGCAUCGAAGAAAGGAAACGAGCAAGUUAACAGUCGUUCAACUUCUGUACCUUUUUGCCUGUCAUUAUUCAGAAGGAACCUUGUUGGCAAAUCACACCUUCAACAUGAAGAAUGGUUCAAUUGAGCCACGCAGAGGAAGAGAAGCUCAGGUCUCCAUCGUCGACAUUUAUGAUACCAAAAAUCCAGCAAGAAGCACUCGAAGUCAAUUUUAUGUUAUGAACGCACUUUCACUCAUGAGAAUGAUUCUCUUGGCACCUGCACCCAAUAUGCUUCAUUAUAUCAUGCAAAUCCCAUUCCGGCAGUUUAUGCCUCCGGUUUUGAACCACAUGCAAAACUUUCAUCAAACAAACCAGAUGAACCAUGUAAACUACUACCAUAUGUAUCAUCCAAACUUCCAGCACUUUUCCGCAAUGCCAUAUGCAAACAAUCAGAAUUUCCGAUCCAAUAGUGCUUCCAAUCCGCGUAUCCCACCGCGACCCAAUCACCAAGAAACCGAAAAGCAGUAUAUCAAGAGAUAG